AAUGUCAGCUUACUAGAGAAGAAACUGUCGCUUGAAAAGGUGACAAAAAGUUGUCAUAUCAAGGAAAUUUAAUCUUAAUCGGUAAAAGUAGAAUCCUAAGAAGUACCAAUAUCGGAUGUACUAAGUGUCUGUUCCUUGGAAUUGGACAGAAAUUCACAAUAAAUACCUUUUCUCCGGCUUUUUGAGAGCGAAGUGCGGCUCUCAUAUCCAACAUGGCGGCUGACAGUGGCACCUCCUACUACAUGGGAGGUGCCAUGCGUAACUCACAGGGCGACAUUGGUAUCCGCUACGGCCUGGAACCCGAUGUCUCCAACACGGACAUGAAGCAGAAGAUGGAAGAUGUCCGGGAGAACCUCAAGAAGGAGAUCCGCAAAGAAAUGAAGAUAAAGGAAGGAGCGGAAAAAUUGAAGGAAGUGUCCACAGACAAACGGAGUCUGUCCAACGUCAACAGUAUUGUGAAGAAGGCCAACAGCAAGCUGCAGGUGCUCCAAAAGGAACUGCAAGAUGUCAACGCUCAUCUGAUGAUGAUCAACACAGGAUAUGAUACUCCUGCAGACUGUAUGUCACCAGAGAAGGUGGGGAACUCGGACGAUGGAGACACAAAGAACCAGCGUCUGACCUACCUGCAGAAACAGCUCAACAUAGAACUUAAGGUGAAGCAGGGAGCGGAGAACAUGCUGACAAUGUACAGCCAGGGGUCACGGGACAAGAAGCUCCUGGCUGAGGCACAGCAGAUGUUGGAGGAUGCCAAGGUGAAGACGGAGUUCAUCAGGAUGCAGAUCCUUAAACUGUCACAGGACCAGGACCAGUCAGAUGGUCAGUGUCAGACAUUGUCUCCGCUUGAAAUGAGAAUUGAAGAACUGCGGCAUCAUCUACGAAUUGAAUCAGCUGUCACAGAGGGAGCCAAAAAUGUGAUAAGGAUUUUACAGAACUCUAAAUCAGAGGACAAGAAGGCCUUGAAAGAGGCCCAGGCUAACCUGAAUGAGUCAAGUCAGAAGAUCGACCUGAUGCGGAUCUCCCUGGAGAAGCGCCUGACCGAGAUGGAGCCGUCCCCGAAGGUGCAAAUGCUACAGGAGGAGAUCAACCAGCUCCUGCACCCCACCUACCACGGGGUGCGCUCAUCAGUCAAUAACAAGCAGCACAACUCUUCCCUGGCCAAGGCUGCUGCUGUCACAGGCAAGCUGGAAGUCAGGUUGGUGGGUGUGCAGCAACUGCUGGAGGACAUCCCGACCCGGAGAAAGGACAGCUUGCAGCUGAUGAUGUCCAGUCCGGGGGAGAGUCGCAGCCUGCUCCGCCGCGGCAGCAGCAAGACCUACAACAUCAAGGACGACCUCACAAAUGAGGUGAUGGCAGUGUUGAAGCUGGACAACGUCUCGGUGGGGCAGACGUCAUGGAAGACGUGCAGCCAACAGUGCUGGGACAACAGAUACACCAUCGACCUUGACCGGUCGAGGGAGUUGGAAAUUGCAAUAUUCUGGCGAGACUGGCGGCAAAUGAGUGCAUUAAAAUUCUUGAGAUUAGAAGACUUCUUAGACAACCAGCGCCAUGGUAUUACAAUACACCUGGAGCCACAGGGCAUUCUCUUUGCUGAGAUUAAGUUUGUUAACCCCACAUUAUCAAGGAAACCCAAACUACAGAGACAGAGGAGAAUAUUCCCCAAGCAUAAAGGCAAGAACUUCCUUCGUCCGGGACAGAUGAACAUCAAUGUAGCGACAUGGGGCCGGCUGAUGAAGCGGUCGCUACCAGCUGGCGGGGAAUCCAACAGCCAUGAAACACCUACACAGAUCACAUCACCAGGUAUCACAUCAGCGGACCGGGGUCCACCAGUUCAACAGAUAAACUUCUCACCCCCGAUGCCGGAGAAGCAGCCAGUGGUUAUAGAAGAUUCUCACCCCAGAUCACCAAAAGAUGUUCAAAAAGAGACAGAUAUCGAGAACGCACUGUCUACCUUCAACUUCCUUCCGGAGGACCCUCUCUCUCCCAACACUUCCGGCACCGUGGUGGACCUGGACAAGGUACCUGAACGCCGGGCUUCACGGGGGUCAACAAAGAGUUACCGGGCCCCCUCACCCCCCACUCAACCUCCUCCACUGCCUGCUCACACAGAGGAGAGAGUCAAACCACCACCUCCACCUCGGAAGAAGGAACCCGAUUUUGCCAACCAACCAUGUAAAAUGUCCGAGUUCAGAUGUAUCAGUGUUUUGGGGAGAGGUCACUUUGGAAAGGUGCUGUUAACAGAAUACAAGAAAACUGGUGAAUAUUUUGCAAUAAAAGCGUUAAAGAAGGGUGAUAUCAUAGCACGAGACGAAGUGGAGAGUUUAAUGUCCGAGAAAAGGAUCUUCGAAGUGAUCAACGCGACACGGCAUCCCUUCCUUGUCAAUUUAUUUGCGUGUUUCCAAACAGAGGAACACGUGUGUUUUGUGAUGGAGUAUGCAUGUGGCGGGGAUCUCAUGAUGCACAUACACAACGAUGUGUUCUCCGAGAACAGGACGGUGUUCUACGCAGGCUGUGUGGUGUUGGGCCUGCAAUAUCUUCACGAGCAUAAUAUUGUUUAUAGGGAUUUAAAACUUGAUAACUUACUACUAGAUACUGAAGGCUACUUAAAGAUAGCUGACUUUGGCCUGUGUAAGGAGUCCAUGGGUUUUGGUGACAGGACAAGCACGUUCUGUGGUACCCCAGAGUUCCUGGCCCCAGAGGUGCUGACCGAUACCUCGUACACCCGGGCAGUGGACUGGUGGGGUCUUGGAGUUCUCAUAUAUGAAAUGCUGGUCGGAGAGUCUCCCUUCCCCGGUGAUGAUGAGGAAGAGGUAUUCGACAGCAUCGUAAACGAGGAGGUCCGUUAUCCCCGCUUCCUGUCCACCGAGGCCAUCGCUAUUAUGAGGAGGUUGCUGAGACGGAAUCCUGAUCGUCGUCUGGGCUCAAGUGAACGAGAUGCAGAAGAUGUCAAGAAACAGGCUUUCUUCAGGAACGUGGCGUGGAGUGACUUGUUGAUGCGCAAAGUGAAGCCACCCUUCAUGCCCACUGUGAAAGGAAUGGAGGAUGUCAGCAACUUCGACGAGGAAUUCACGCAGGAAAAAGCUGUUCUGACUCCCGCAAAGGAACGUCGUCCUUUGAUCACAAAUGAACAGGACCUUUUCCGAGACUUCACAUAUAUAGCAGACUGGUGCUGAGUUACCUCCCUUAUUGUUGCUGCUUACCGACACUGUUAUUAAUACUGUCAUCAUAAUCACCAUGGUAACCGCAUAUCAUCAUCAUUCUCAUGGAUACUAAGUGUGCUUGUUUGGGAGUGGCCAGCUUGUAUGGUGGCCCCGACUCAAUGUGCCGACAGAUGUGUCACCUUUGACCUUUCAUCAGGAACGCUGUUCACGUGGAACGGUGCUUCAGACGUAGUUUGAGCAAUUCAACUCAUGUGUGACAAACCGUGUUGGAGUGUUCUUGUAAUCUGUAUAAUAUAGAAGAAGCGGUAUCCUUCAGAAGUAUAUUGAUGAUUGAUGAACGACUGUGUUUGUAGUUCAAUGAAGCCCAGUUGCCUGGGUUGAAACUCAACAUUGGCCUCGCUUUGCUCAAAAUGUAUUAUGUGUAAGUGGUACAAAGACUCUCCGAAAGUGAUGAGUUAGCUGUCUUCUCUGUUCUGCUUACAUUUGAAGUGUUUGGACUCUCAUUCAAGGACCUGGGAAGAUGGUAGGUCUUUCAUGUUUGGCUGAACAGUCAUGUGAAGCUUGUAGUUGUUGUAGCAUAUUCUCCAUGAUGUUCGUGUAUCGAUUCGGUUUGAGACUAGCAGGGUCACAAAUAUUGUGUGAUAUGUUGCCAUGAUAACUGUUUGUUUGCAAGACGACAGUGAUACCAGAUUCUGUACGGCGUCUUCUUCAGCAGCUGGUUGAAGUAGAUGCUUUCAGUCACACACCUGAUUAUGUUAGAGGUGUCAUGCUUCACAAUGUGUCGCUUAACUUCACAUAUCCAUCUGCCAAUAAUCUAACAGAUAUGUUUACCAAUGAAUCGAUUCUUAUGUUAAUUCUGUAUCAGGGUCUAAAGAUUUAUUGAUUGGCUAAACUUGUCCUCUUGACUACUUAACUAGCUCCACAUUCCUCUCUUGUUCCUAUUAUGAAAGAAAGUGCUGAAUCAGAUUGCAUAAUACUAUCAGAACAAGCUUGAAGUAUCCUUUCAUACUUGAUGACAAAAACUGGUUGAUAGCUAGACCUGGGUAACCAUCCACAUGGAAAAUGGAGAAUCUCACUGAACAAAAGUUCAAAUGAAAUAUUGGAGUCUGUAUGAAUCGUGUGAUUCAAGUAUCGCUAGGUGUAUCGAUACAUCAGUCCUAUCAAGAUACAUACUGCUGUAGGAGUAUCAUGAAUCAAGUACUACUGCAUAACGAAGACGUAUCACUACAGUAUAGUAUGUAUCGAUAUGUGAGUUAGCCUCUCGAUACAUUAAUUCAUGAGGUAACCAUAUUGUGGCUGUGGUGUGAUGUGUGGAUGUUUGAGGUAGGUGUAUCUUGCCUCUGUAAUGGCUGGCCUGUACUUAUUUCCAUGACAUAAUGAAAUGUUCUGGUUGAUUCCUGGAAAACAGAAGACCAAAGAAUAAAAAGCAGCCCAAACCACACAAAUGUUAUCAAGUAUGUUCCUUCAAGAAAUAAUUGGUUUUGUAAGAAUCUGAAGUAAAGAAAUUCUUCAUUGUCCAUCUUUCAGAAACAUUUAGUUAAUUUGUCUUGUGUCCACGAGUUACUUAUUCACUUCAUGAAUUAAUUCUGUUUCUUGACUUCUAUCACUCCAACAUCAAUACUAUAAGAGCAGUCCUAAAGGACCCAUAAUGUUUAAAAUUUGAAUAAAAUUAAAAUUUGAUGUGUUUUAGGAGCAAAUCCUUACUACCUCCAGGGUUGCCUCAGAAUUAAACACUGAUUAUGUUUAAUCUUCUUGAUGAGAAACUUUGAGUAUUUGAAUUGUUUUCUGAAUGAUAUAACAAAAUUAUCACUUUGAUAGAAUUUUAUACACUUGAGAAAAGGGACAGUGAGGUAGCCUUGUGGUUAAGGGGUUCACUCAUCACGCUGAGUUUGAUUCCCCAUAUGGGUACACUGUCUGAAGCCUAUUUCUGGUGUCCCAUGCUCUGAUAUUGCUGGAAUAUUGCCAAAAUGGCAUAAAACUAAACUCACUCACUCAUGCAAUGUUGGUGUGGCAUAUUCUUAAAUAGAAAUAGUCCUUUAUAGGUCAGUAGGUCAUGUGGCAAGUAGGUCAGAAGGUCGUGUGGGAAGUAGGUCAUGUGGCAACUUGGUUUCAGUGCAGAUUUCAACUGUCGGUGGACAAGUGCACUGCCUGACCUUGACCUCUAUCACUCAGUCUGAACUGGGUCAUUGUAUUUCCAAGGAUGCUCAAAACAGCAAUAUCCCUAUUAGGGGUAUAUGCAGAAAUACUUGAUGCACGGGAAGAGGCAAGACUCACAGACUCAGAUUGUGGUGUUCCAUCGCUGAUUGAUAGCCUGUAAAUACUUGAAUGAAAAUAAAAUGAAUUAAUUUAAUUGUAAGUUAAAAAUUCAAAAUGUGUUUUCACAAAUACUUAAAUGUUGAGGAACAUUAAUCAAUAAGCUUGAAAAAUAGGUCAGUUUGAUUUAGUUGGUGUGAAUGAAAUGUGAAGACUUUAGAUUAAAUUGGGGAGUAAUAUUUAGGAAAGAUAGUUUUACUGAUAAACAGUUAACCGGGAUCUAGAAUAUACAGUAAGAAAACAAUAAUUGCCAAAUAUUGCAGUUACUCACAUAAACUGAAAGAGAACUGUAGACAUUAAUUUGAAAUAUUCUCUUGGCAUAAAUAACACAUAGAUUCAUAGAUAACAUUGUAGGUUAUUUGGUUAAUGUGGAACCAGAUGGUUCAAAUAACAGUUUAGUAUAAUUAGGUCAGUGAAACAACACGUCCACAGAUUCGGUUUAAGAUGAAUAUAAAUUUAACAGGUAACAAUCUUUACAUUGAAUAAAUAAGUUAAGUACAUUCAUACAGGUCCCAUGUCACACAGACAUUGAUGACAGACUUUAUCGGUAAUGGCGGAAAGUCCUGACCCCAAACUGCCUGUAUUUGGCUCAUUGUUGCAAUAUCUUUCUCUUGAAUCCUGACAUAUGCAAGUACUGUAUAUUUGCCUUCCAGUGAUGCAAUCUGGACUUAUAUUUUUUAUAUGUAGCUUUUGGUUUUGGAGACCUAUUUUGUCCAAGUGCUAUUACGUUUAAUGCAACUCGGCAGUGAAUCGGUUUCAUCCCAUAUGUUUCCUCUUCAGGGAUAUUUCAUGCAAAUAAACUAAGUGCUAUUGUUUGUAUUACAUGCUCGUGCUGGUGAUCUUCUUUACAUUGCAUUCCGCCACUUUUAUUUUUGCAUCCUCGUGAAGACAUCACUUGUAACAUAUCUGUAUCUUGAAGUCUGAAUGUCAUGUUCUGAACGUGGGAGUCAUGAGCCAUUUUGAUAGGUGCUUGUACAUUUCUAAUGCUUGUUUCAUCAUUCAUCGUCCAUGAGGCAAACAAGCCCUAUUUCUAAGGUUUUCUGAAUAAGUGUGAAAUAUAGAUUCAGGAGAGUAUUAUACACAAUGUAUAAUUAUGAAGCAAAUCUGACAAUGUACCCAUCUAAAAUCUGAACUUGAUAUUCAGACACAUUGAUUCAAGAGAGUUUUAUGUCUAUUUAGUUGUACAUUAUAAUUUUAUGUUAUUGUCCUGUCACUUGAACAUUGUAUAUAUUCCAUGCACUCAUAACACUCAAAGUAUUAUAUCAUCCAAGGUUCGCCCCUCAUGGAGAAAGCAAUUAUGGGAGGUAACUCUUUUAAGAUAGUUUUUGAAGACCAUUAAAAAGAGAAACAUUUAAGUACUGGCCAACAGUCCAAAAGAAUAUGUUUGGUGGGUUUACUUUUUUUCAGUUUUAGAAAUAAUUACAGGAGUAUAAAUGGCCAGGAAUUAUGGGUAAAUGUUAAUUGAUCAGAUAAAUUUGAUUCAUCAAAUUAGUUUUCUUUUCCAGUUUUUGGUUUGAAAAACUUGUCAAAAACAUUGAUAAAUAUUCAUGAGCUGCCUCUCCUUAUUGAACAGAUGAAGAUUAUCAUCUGCGAUUCUAUGUAUGCAUUUACUUGUAAAUAUAUAUCUUGUAUAUUUGUCAAUGUUAUGACUUAGUGCUAUGGAGUUUCAAAGUUAUUUUCAUAGUGAGCCCCAGCUUUUGCAGUUGUGCUAUUGAAUGAUAAUCCCCAACUUACCUUCAAAAGAAAAUGAAUAAAUUUAUUAAAUUUUACAACUGUUUACCCUCACUGUCCAUCAUAAUGAAUAUUCUAUUAAAUUAGAAUAAAACAUAAGAAGUAUUUAUGUGAAUUUUGUUUAUCAUGACACAUCAUACAGUGUUUUCACAUUUUCACAAAUUUCAAAUUAUGUGAAUCACAUUCUUAUCCUUACAGAAACAUGUGUUCAGUUAAGUCUCAUAAUGUUUUAGGAAAACCUGUGAGAUCAAUCGUGUCAAAGCCAAAAUUUAUCACUUUGUAAAAUUCAGAAGCACUUAAAUGUCUAUUGUCAGAAGCUGACUGUUGUCGAAACUUGACUAAUAUUGUUCUUUUGUGGGCUACUUGAAACUGAAGAAACAAUUAUGCAAGAUUUACUUGGUACUAAAAUAUUACAAUUGUAUGCACAUCUAAGCACAAACAUUAUUUUUCUUUUAAAACAAACAUACUAAUUGAACAGAUGGGUUUCGUAUUUGUACAGCAACUUUAAUUUAUUGCAUUCCUGAAUACAAUUAUGCACGGACCUGCUCAAUGAUAAACACACUUGCACGUGGUAACUUUUACCACAUACGGAAUCUCCUAGGUUUCCUACUGUUUAAUGAAUGAUAAUUUGAAACAGUAGUAAGUUUUGUAAUAAUUACAACAAAGAUCUGAAUGAUUGUAUGUUUGUAACCAGAUAUCAGCAUAUAUUUCAACUAUACUUCUCCGAUUGAAUUUGAUCACAAGUCAUUACUACACAUGUUGGUCAACAUACAGUAAUACAGUUGCUGCCUUGAAGAGCCUAAUUUUGGGGCAGUUAAAUGUUAAGGUGUUAGUAUCUAGAUGUAUGCGCUCUUCUGAAGGUCCUAAGCUGAAAACACAUGAUAUAAAAUCUUGUCCUUUUCAUUGCUGUUGAGGGUGUACAACUGGAACCUUUCAGUCCUCUGUGGGUUGUGAAUUUGUGUUAAAGUAACGGAAUAUAUAUGUGAAGCUAACGUGCUAACCCCAGCAUCAAGCAGUAUCAUUGAGGCGAGAUAUUUGCCCAUGUGAUCUUCAGGUCAGCUAACUGACAAACCAUCACCAAGGAUUAUCAAGGCAUUAAAAAAGCAGGUUGUUGCAGGAGCCCUGUCCACUAACAGCCCAGCAUGUGAAACGUGUUCUGAAAUUUUAGACUCUCGAUUGUGAUCAGGUUUCCAAUGUCCAGGUGAUCCAUGACAACUACCUUUACUCAACUUCAUCCCUUCCCUGUGUCUUGAUCUUGAUGGAUCAAGUCACUAUCAGAUCUUAAUGGCCUGAGACCCUCUAUGGUUCAUGUUAUGCAAGCUGGUUCCAGCCAUUAAGGAUUCUCCUGGUCCCCCUAGUGGUACCUGCACGAAGGAGACUGGAUGUUUCUAUUCCAUAAACUCCCAGUUCAAUCAGGUUGUGGAAGGUCAAGAGGUACUGCGAGGGUUUGAUGAGUUACUGAUCAACCUCAGGCCUAUGGUAUUCAAUGAUCGGUAUUGUGUUGAGAGUUUGGCGAUCCCCAAGUAGGCCCCAUCUUAGACUACAUAUGCUAUGAUGUACAUAACAGCUUGAUUUUAUGAUGAACAUUUGCCAGAAUCUGGCAUGCUUAUUAUUGUCCAAGGAGGCUGAUUUGAGUGAUGGCUGUGUCAAGCAAAUGUGGAAAAUUCAAUAAAAUCAUAAAUCUUU